AUGUCCAAGCAUCAUCCCGAUCUCGUACUCUGCAGAAAACAGCCCGGCAUCUCCAUUGGCCGUCUUUGCGACAAAUGCGAUGGAAAAUGCCCGGUAUGUGACUCUUACGUGCGGCCGACGACGUUGGUGCGGAUAUGUGAUGAGUGUGCAUUUGGUAACUACGUUGGAAAGUGUGUUAUUUGCGGCGGACAAGGUAUCUCUGACGCUUAUUACUGUGCGGAAUGUACACGGUUAGAGAAGGACCGGGAUGGAUGUCCGAAGAUUAUCAACCUGGGAAGUUCGAGAACAGAUUUGUUCUACGAGAGGAGAAAGAAUAAGAAGCUUGGGAUGCAAUGA